AUAAAACAAAACAACAACAAGAAUAAAGAAAACGCGAAGGUUAGGAAAGAGACGAGGCCCAAAAGGGCAAAAAGAGGGAAAACGUUAAAAUUAGAAAGGUCAAAAGAGUUGGUAAGGCCAGAAUCGAGGUGUUUUUUUUUGGGGGGGGGGGGUGAAUCAAACAAUGGCGUCACAUGAGCAGGCUGAUGUCUGUGGAACGAGAGGAAAGGACGAGCAAAUACGAGAUGGGCGAGCUACUCUGGCGGUGUUACGCAUCGGAGACGUGUGGGGGGGCUCCACUUUUGCGCAGGAACAACCGGGGACAUUUGACUUUGAAGAGCAAGAAGAGGGUCCGCAGGCCCCCUGUUUUAAAAGGGAAGUGCCAGAAACACAACUUUCAGGUGUUGAAGAUGACAGCAGGGGUCCACAUCACUGCAUUAAAGAAGAAGCGGAGGAUCCACAACCCUCACAUAUUAAAGAAGAAGACGACGGGGCACAGGUCCUUCGGAUUAAAGAAGAAGAGGACGUUCCGGAGCAGUCACACAUUAAGAAGGAAGAGGAGGAGACCGACAUCACCAAGUUGCCACUGAAACCCGUGUCGAUGAAGAGUGACAACGUUGAAGAAGAACCACUGGAGCGGUCACCACGUCAACUUCACAGUCCAAGUGGAGACCAGUGCGGAGGACCACCGCCGGAGCGCCUCUCGACCCCGCUGUUAGACACCGACGACAUAGAAACUUUGAGGAGCAAUACGGACCCAAGUGAAAAAGGUUUAAGGGACACCGUUUCGGCUCUUGAAGAACAUACCACUGGACAAGCGACGACGCAGAUGAGAGAAAAACCUCAUCGCUGCUCGGUUUGUAAUAAAGGAUUCGUUCAUGAGUCCGUUUUGCUCAGACACGCGAGAAAACACAUGGGCGAAAAACCUUGUUGCUCGGUUUGCGGUAAAGGGUUCAAUACCAUCUCGGAAAAAAACAAACACGUGAAAAGACACACAGGAGAAAAAACCUUUAGUUGUUUAGUUUGUGGUAAAAGAUUCAUUAAUAACGCAGGCGUGGUGUCCCACAUGAGAAUCCACACAGGAGAAAAGCCCUUUUGUUGCUCCGUUUGCGGCAAAAGUUUUAGUCACAGCUCGAGCAUGGUGUCACACAUGAGAACCCACACGGGAGAAAAACCCUUCAGUUGCCCGUCUUGCGGGAAAGCCUUCUCGCAAAGGAGCAAUCUGGUGUCCCAUUUGAAAACACAUACAGGGGAAAAACCCCACAGUUGUUUGGUGUGUGGAAAAAUGUUCUCGUUGAACACAAAGAUGGCGGUACACAUGAGGAUACACACGGGAGAAAAACCGAUCCGGUGCUCGCUGUGCGACCGAACGUUCUCUUACAGGACGUCCAUGGUGGCCCACAUGAUGACGCACACGGGAGAAAAACCUUUCAGUUGCUCCUCGUGCGAUCGCGCGUUCUCGCAUAAAUCGUCCCUGGUGGCGCACACGAGAACACACACAAAGGAGAAAUCCGUCAGUUGCUCGGUGUGUGGGAAAAGCUACGCUCGGAGGACCCAUUUGACUGCACAUAUGCGCAAGCACAACACUGAGAACGUGUUACAAGAUGAUGAAUCACGCGGUAAACGACAAAUCGCCUGUAAAGAUGAUUCAUUGGAGUCUUUCAGUGUGUUUUGGACCGAGGAACUUACUACCGCUGCCGGGGGAAUCGAAGUGCUCUUUGAAAGGACGAUGGCGUCGCAGGAGAAGCAAGUUUGCCGAGCCAGGGAGGAAAACGAGCGAGUGCAGGAAGCUGCUGAGACGGCGCAGUUGCUUAGCAGAGGUAUCCAGCAGCUGAUUGGUCGUCAAUUCGAUCUUGCCUCUCGGUUGCAAUGUCGGGGCUCCAGUUUAGGGCAGGACAAUUCACAGCCCCCUAACCAGGCUGAUGUUAGCAAGUUGCCACUGACUGGCAUCUCAGUGAAGAGUGAAGAUGAAGAGGAUCCGCAGUCCCCCCACGUUAAAGAAGAAGAGGAAGAUCCAGAGCAGCUUCACUUUAAGCAGGAAGAGGAGCAGACUGAUGUCAGGAAUUUGCAGCUGAAUGUCGUCUCUGUGAAGUUUAAAGACGAUGAAGACGAACCACCUGAGUCCUCACAGAUUCAGCAUCACAGUCCGAGUGGAGGAGGACCACUGGGCAACCUCUUAGCCCCACUGUCAGACAGCGAUGACAUAGAUGAACGCUCCAGGACCGAUGCAGACCGUCAAGAUGACGACAAGCAGUCGACAUGUUCUGAAAAGGAGCCCUCGCUUAGCAAGAAAACCUCUAAAAAAAAUAGAUGUCUCACACAGAGCGAAUAUUUCAGCUGCUCCGUUUGUGGUAAAAAAUUUGCACAGAACAGGCCCAUGAUUAGACACAUGAAAAUACACACAGGAGAAAAACCUUUUAGUUGCUCAACUUGCGAUAAGACAUUCUCUCAAAAGGAAUACAUGAAAUCACACAUGAAAAAACACACGGGUCAAACUUCCUUUCGCUGCUCAUUUUGUGGUAAGGCGUUCUCUCAAAAGAAGACGCUGGAAUCUCACAUGAGAACGCACACUGGAGAAAAACCCUUUCGUUGCCCAUCGUGCGGGAAAGAUUUUGCGCUUGAACUUAACAUGGUAAAACACAUGAGAACGCACACGGGGGAAAAAGCCUUUCUUUGCUCGACGUGUGGUAAAACCUUCUCCGAAAGGCAUCGUCUGCUAUCGCACUUGAGAACACACACGGGAGAAAAACCCUUCAGUUGUUCAACUUGUGGCAAAACCUUUUCUUUAAGGCAUCACAUGGUAUCGCACAUGAAAAUACACACGGGAGAAAAACCCUUCAGUUGCUCAAUUUGCGGCGCAACGUCCUCUCGAAAAGGAAAUCUGGAAAUACACAUGAGAAGGCACACGGGAGAGAAACCCUUUAGCUGUUUAACGUGUGGUAAAACGUUCUCUGCCAAAUCGACCAUGAUCAUACACAUGAGAACACACACGGGAGAAAAGCCCUUCAGUUGCUCUGUGUGCGGGAAAAGAUUCACUCAAAAAGUCAACAUGGUCAUACACACGCGGGCCCAUGCGGCAGAAAAACCCUUUAGUUGAUCAGUGUGUGGCGACAUCUGCGCUAAUAAUGUUUAAUGUUCAGAAACAUUAAAGUGAGGGAACUAUACAAAAAUAUAAGAAUUUUAGAAGGUGGACAAUACUUCUUCAUAGCACUGUAUCAAAUACUGUACAUGAUUCUGUGGUUGGUCUUCAGAGUCUGUCCUGCUACGGUGUCCCUCAAGGCUCAUUCUUCGGCCCCAUCCUGUUUGAGCUUCCUCUCGGAGACAGACAAGGCAUGACAUGAAUACAAUAUAUUGUUGCUAAUAAAUUAAUACGUUGUAAAUUGUAAAUGGAGGUCAGUGCUUCUGAAUGUGUUUAGGUCAGCAGAACUGUCUCGCUGGUCCUGACUACACAAAUGGUUGAAUCCAAUGCUUACUGGAAACGAAUCCGACUUACCGCCAAAGUCUGACAACCAAUAAUGUUGAUGUACUGCGUCAGGAAGGGCAUCCGGCGUAAAAAUUGUGCCAAACAUAUGUGCGUUCAUCUGAGAUGACACGCUGUGGCGACCCCGAAAGGGACAAGCCGAAAGAAACUUACUUUUACUGAAUUCCAGUCCAGAGUCAAUAAAUUAAUUUUUAAUGCAUUCAAACUUACUCUAUCCUAAUUCGUCUACUGUAUGUUUUAUUAUCACGGUUGUUUUUGUUGCAUUCGCAAUCCGAUACACUACUGUGAAUACACCUAAACAGUCACUCAGAAUAAAGUUUUUGUUAAAAAUCAUAGUUUUACAAAGCAAAUGUCAGCAAAAGUCUUUUUUUGAUUCAACCCAAGAUUAAUAAUGGACUACAGAAAUCUGAUAUUUAUUGUUACUAUGGGGCAAGCCGAAAGGAAAAGA